CCUCCCCUCCCUCUACAGCUUCCUGUCGCCGCGAUCCGGGCCCUGGGCUGUGGGCGCCCCGGCGCCCGAGGCUUCUCGGUGCGCUCGGCCAGGAUGGCAUUAAGUCUGUGUCUGCAGGUGCUGUGCAGCCUGGGAGGCUGGCUCUCACUCUAUACAUCUUUCUGCCGCCUGAAUAAGCACCGAAGCUAUGAGUGGAGCUGCCGGCUGGUGACCUUCACCCACGGAGUCCUCUCUAUAGGCCUGUCUGCUUAUAUUGGCUUCAUUGAUGGCCCUUGGCCUUUUACCCACCCAGGCUCACCGAACACACCUCUCCAAGUUCACAUUCUGUGUCUUACCUUGGGCUACUUCAUCUUCGACUUGGGCUGGUGCCUCUAUUUCCAGUCCGAGGGUGCCCUGAUGCUGGCUCACCACACACUCAGUAUCUUGGGGAUCAUCAUGGCUCUAGCACUCGGGGAGUCGGGCACAGAGGUCAACGCAGUCCUCUUUGGAAGUGAGAUCACCAACCCCUUGCUCCAGAUGCGCUGGUUUCUCCGUGAAACCGGGAACUACCACAGUUUCACGGGAGAUGUGGUGGACUUCCUCUUUGUGGCUCUGUUCACUGGUGUGAGGAUUGGUGUGGGCGCUCAUCUCCUUUUCUGCGAAAUGGUCUCCCCCACACCCAAGUGGUUUGUGAAGGUUGGGGGGAUAGCGAUGUAUGCUGUGUCUUGGUGCUUUAUGGUUAGCAUCUGGCGCUUCGCGUGGAAGAAAAGCAUCAAGAAGUACCAUGCGUGGAGAAGCAGGAGGAAUGAGGAGCGACAGCUGAGACAUAAUGGGCAUCUCAAGACACACUAGCCAAGGCUUGUGCCUGGUAAAUGGAUUGGGUUGAAUUGGCCAUGGGAUCAGGAUCAGAAACAGAACCAAGCUUAUAGAGCUUAAGAACUGAGAUUCUAGUGCACUUAGGUUUCGAAAAAGGGCUAAAUGUAUCCAUCGCUUUAGUCAGUUUCCAAGCUAGGCAUAUGCAGUAUUGAAACACUCACUCCUACACUGGUACUUGCACAUCCUCAAUGGUGACUGGCAAGUGGCGUCGUAUAGUGAGGGCCGUUGCCACUUGCUUUUGGGUCCCCUUGUUCAUGAGAGGAGGCCUGCUAGAUAUUCAGACAGCUUUGAAAAGAACUUGAAUCAAGUCAGUGCUGUCUCUUGUUCCUUUGGAAAUAACUCCUGAGUUCCAGGAGACCUUUUAAAUAUGUUCAGCCCAUGUGCUAUAAAGGGAGGGACUUGCAGGAAGGGACAUGCGUGUGACAUUCAGGCAUCUGCAAUGGGAUCUGUUUUGCCAAGAGGGACAGAAGGCCAGGAGGGAAACUAGCAAUGUUUGCCAGGGGAUUCCCACUGAGCCUCCCGACACUGACUGUGUCAGAGGUUCCCAGGGACACCCUUGGGUUCCAUGAUUCAUCAGGAAGACGCGGGGCUUAGCUUAUAGUCUCACAGCUCUGAUUUGUGACAAUGAAAGGCUACCGAGAAGACUCAGCCCAGGGAAGAAGGACCUUUGUCAAAGCCUGUGGGAGCUAGGAGUUUCUGAAGUCUCCUGUUUGGAUAUCGAGGAGUGAUUCAUGACAACACACAUGAAAGCCAUCAAAGAUUUGGUGCCCAGGGCUUCUACUAGCCGUAGGUCAUGUAGGCACCUACUUAGCACAAGACAACAUUCAAGAUUCCUCACAGCGGGGGUUAGUGAGCCAGGCUAAACCAUUUCUGCUGGGAGCCCUCUCUAAGUUGCAGCUCCUAGGUGCCAGCCAAGGGCCAACAUUACAAGCAGACCUUUGCAAAGGAUAGCAGUUCAGGCCUGCUGUGUUAACUCUUGUGUGCACAGAAACCGUAGAGUUAAGGCUCUGGAUGCAAGAUGAAUGAGGUGUGGGUAGAUUUAGAUUUACUUAGUCCUGUUGUACGGGUUCUGCCCUACCAGGAAAAGUAUGCCAGUUCUCAGGGCUUUUGUGAAUUAAUCUGCUAGGCAUGAGAGGCCAUGGCUAAAUUCCAUGGGGAUUUACCAUGUGGAUUCCACUGUACUUGAGAUGGAGUUCAGGUUUCAGCUCCUGGUACAUACUGCAAACUAGAACCAAAGAUUUCAAUGUACGUAUUGGCCUCAGGGUGAUGAGGCUAUCUCCUUCCUUCCUUCCUCCCUUCCUUCCUUCCUUCCUUCCUCCCUCCCUCCCUCCCUCCCUCCCUCCCUCCUUCCUCUCCCUCCCUCCUUUCUUCCUUUUUCUUUGCUGCAGAUCCAUUCCCCUUUUAUCGCUUUUUUCCCCCUCUCCUGAGAUAUGGUCUUGCUUGUAUAGCUCAGGCUAGCAUUGAACUCUCCUCCUGCUUAAGCCUCCUCAGUGCUAGGAUUACAAUCCUGUGCCACCAUGCCUGGCUCUAAUGUAGGGCUUUAAUGAAAAAAGAAAGUAUUAUUUAUGUAUUUGUUAUUUUUACUAUAUUAUUUAGAUCAAUGGUGAUUGGCUAAUUCAGUUGGUAAGCCAGGAAAUGGUGCUACUGAAGCAAGUGUCAGUCCAUUCUCUAGUCACUGGUGACGCUAACCCAGUGAAUGACCUUAAAAUUGAUGGUACUGGCUACAGAAACCAGUCAUGGGGGAGAGGUUGGAAACAUGUAGACAUUCUUGCAAAUGGAAAGGCACUUUAAUGGUGGGACCUUUCAGGUGACUUUUAUAUAGUUAAAGGGGUUGCUUUGGACUCUGGGGCCUUUUUUUUUGUUUUCUGGAAAGAUAGCAUCAUACCCCCUUUUCUAUGAUUUGUGUCCCAAACAUGCCGGUGUGUUCCUUUCCAGCCAAACUGUGGGCAGAACUGGAAACUGGGGAAUGCUGAUUUCAGCAAAAGCAUAGUCAAAAAGAGUGGCUUGGCACACGAGCAUGAAGGAAAAACAAAACCAAACUGGCUUUUUAUUUUGGCACUGUGCAACCCACUCCAGACCAGACUAGUGAGCAGGGUUAAUCUAAUACUGGCUCUUUUCUCCCUUACCCCUCAGAAGUAAAGACUGUAGAUCUUUCUGUCUGAGGCAAACUCAAGGGAAUGUAGGUUUUUCUUUAUUUAUUUUUUGAUAACAAGACACCUGAACAAGUGGUAAGAGGAGGGGAUUCCUCAUCUCAGCUCUCCUUGAUGUUCUAACUAGUAACUAUGAAGACAUUUCUCUUAGCAGACAAUGUGAAGGUGACUCAGCAGUUAAGAGGUCGCCUGUUUUUACAACACAGGUAAAUGAAGGGCAGAUUAGUGUGAUGUGUCCCCGGACAAAAGGAAAUACUUGCAUUACUGUGUAAUCAUCCCUGAUAUUGCUCAAGAAGGAUUUAUAUUUCAAUACAAUUUGUACUAAAUUUUAUAAAAAUAAAGUAACUUUUUAUAAACCCAGA